ACGCUCCUCGCAGAGAGGGCAACUCUCCUCGUGUCGCUUAGCGUGGGCGGAGCUUAGAGGUCGGAUUUAUAAAAGUGUCACGCCGCUCUGAUAAAGGCGCACAAGUUGUUCCCCGUGCCUGGGUGCUGCUUCUGUUUGUCGGAUCGCGAGACGAUUGCCGCACCAUGCCUGAGACAACGAGCCAACCGGUGAUCCGCAGCCACUUCGUGAGCCGCGUGACGAGCCUGCCGGCCGUGUCGACCGCUCUGGACACUGCUAAGCAGUCCUACAACCACGUCAAGGACCGCAGCGGUCUGCUGGGUUACACGCUCAGCACGGCCGAGAAGUCGGCCGCGUACGCCGUGGGCCACUCUCUGCCCCUGCUGGAGAAGUUCGCCCGCCCCAUAAACUAUGUGGACAACUUGGCCUGCAAGGGUCUCGACCGCAUCGAGCAGAGCUACCCGGCCGUCAAGCAGAACUCGCCGCAGGACAUCAUCAAGGACGCGGCCUCGUUCGGCCUCAAGAAGUACGUGGACGCGCGCGACUACGGCGUCAGCCUCGCCUCGCACGCGGUGCACGCCGUGAGCCACCCGCGCGAGACGCUGACCAACGCGUACCAAGCCUGGAGCCAGCAGGCCCGCAAGCAGACCGUCAGCGCGCUGGCGGCAGCUGAGGACACCCUGGACAAGGAACUGGCGUCCUUGGGCGUCUCGGUUGAGCAGAGGCAUUACGAGCCGGAAGGCGAGGUGCCGCGUCGCGUGGCAAGUGUGGUGCAGAAGUCGCGCCAGUACGUGUCGCUCAAGGGUCAGCAGCAGUACGAGCUGUUCCAGCAGCGCGCCUCGCAGAUAGCCACCCAGCUGCAGGAGGCGCUCGGCCUGCUGUCCAAGAUGAAAGAUGGUCUCCUGGACGGAAACAAGAGCUUCAAGGACAUCCUCGACGAUCUUCACUCGGACGCCGCGUGGCUCAAGGCCCUACUCAACGACCCUCAUCCGGAGACAAUCAAGACCUUGCCCGGCAAAGCCCUGCUGAUGUCUCAAAACGCCGUUCACCAAGCCGUCACCGUCGUCACCGAGCACUCGAAGCUGGCCCGCGGCAUCCAGGAAACGUACGCCAAGAUCUCACCCGAACUGAACAAGCGGCUCGCCCCCAUCGGUCACCUCGCCAACGAAUCUGUCGCCAAGGUGUACGCACAACUUUCUCACCUCACGGACAGCUUGCGUCAGACCAUCGAAGCACUGCUCGGUCACCUCCCUGCACUGCCUUUUGUGCAAAAGCCAGUUGAAGAAGCAAAGAGCACGGAAGAGGAUGACGACACGAGCUCGACAAAUUCGGAGAAUUAGUUAAUAUAUCAUUAU